AGACGCGAUCGUGAACGCAUGCGCCGCGUUGCAUCGGGCUUGAAAUUGGGUGUUUUGUGUUGAGAAAAUCAGUUGAUAAAAAGGUGUGAGAACCGUUAUGGGAGUCGCAUCGAAAAGUGGACGAUAACAGAUGGACUAAUAUGGUGACAGUGUCUUAGUUAUGUUUUAAUUGAUUCAAAUUGUUUUGCUGUCGCGUGUGUUGCCAAAUGUGAUUGAUCCCCUAAAUCUCCGCCUCCCUUUUCUCUCCUCUUUUGUAACGUCUUUUUUAAAAGAAAAUUGCAUGUGUGCUAAAUGUGAUGCAAAGCGAGAUAAAAUGUGGUUUAAAAUAUCAACAAUUAGUAGGAAAUUCUAUUGUGGCACAUCACCGAAAAGGGAUUACAAUUGGAUUAAUAUUCUAUUGGCUGCAGCGAUCUUUCUUGGAUGUUUUCAAUGGACAGAAGGACAAUCGUCAUGUACACUGCUAUGCCAACACGGAGGAAAGUGCAUGCUGAGACCAAAUGGAGAGCAGUUCUGCAAUUGCACGACGCGCUACAUCGGGCCGCACUGUGAAGUCAAUAAUCCGUGCCACACGGGGCCGGUGCCGCGGUGUCAGAACGGGGGCACCUGUGCACCCGUGCUGAAGGACGGCACCACCAGCUUCACGUGCCGCUGCCCCAUCGGCUUCACGGCCUCCCUAUGUGAGAUCCCGGAGAAGAAUGCCUGUGAUUCCUCGCCGUGCAGCAACGGCGGCAGCUGCGUCCUCAAGUCAUUAGAGGAGUACAAGUGCAUGUGCGCCCAGGGAUACACGGGCGUGCACUGUGAGAAGCAGAAUCUAUGUUCCUCGUCGCCAUGUCGCAAUGGGGGCACGUGCACAUCCCUGCCGGGUGGCGCCUUCAAGUGCCACUGUCCGGUGGGCUUCAAGGGCGCCACGUGUGAGGAGGACGUGGAGGAGUGCCAGAAGAAUCCCUGUCGACACGGCGGCAAAUGCACCAACACGCACGGAUCUUAUCAGUGCACGUGUGAGCCAGGAUUCACGGGGAAGAACUGCGAAUCGAUGUACAUUCCAUGCUCACCGUCUCCGUGCCAAAAUGGUGGCACUUGUCUGCAGUCAACGACAGUCUCGUACGAAUGCAAAUGUCCACCAGGUUUCGAGGGGAAGAAUUGCGAGGAGAACAUAGACGAUUGCCCGGGAAACCUGUGCCAGAACGGCGGAACCUGCAUUGAUGCUGUGAAUGCGUACCGUUGCAAGUGUCCACCCAAUUUCACGGGAGAUUUCUGUGAGGCCGACAUUGACGAAUGUGCCCUGAGACCAUCUGUAUGCCAAAACGGUGCCACCUGUACAAACACGAUGGGCAGCUACUCCUGUAUAUGCGUGAACGGUUGGACGGGGCCUGAUUGCAGUGUCAACAUCGAUGACUGCGCGGACGCGGCAUGUUUCAAUGGGGCCACGUGUAUAGACGGCGUGGGGAGCUUCUAUUGUCGCUGCACACCCGGAAAGACGGGCCUGCUGUGCCACCUGGAUGACGCUUGCACAUCAAAUCCAUGUCACGCCGAUGCUAUCUGUGACACGAGCCCUAUUAAUGGCUCAUUCACGUGCUCCUGCGCGUCCGGAUAUAAAGGCGUUGAUUGUUCUGAGGACAUCGACGAGUGCGAUCAGGGAUCGCCGUGCGAACAUAAUGGGAUCUGUGUCAACACUCCCGGAUCUUUCGCCUGCAACUGCUCCCAGGGCUUCACGGGACCUCGCUGUGAGACCAACGUGAACGAGUGUGAAUCCCACCCUUGUCAGAACGAUGGUAGUUGUCUGGACGAUCCAGGAACCUUCCGGUGCGUCUGCAUGCCCGGAUUCACUGGAACACAGUGUGAAAUCAACAUCAACGAGUGCGAAAACGAUCCGUGCCUCAACGGUGGUGAAUGUCGAGAUCUUAUUAACGGCUUUAAGUGCACCUGCGCCAUUGGAUUCACAGGCUCUCGAUGCCAAAUCAACAUUGAUGACUGCAUGUCACAACCGUGCAGAAAUGGCGGGAUUUGCCAUGACUCCAUUGCGGGCUACACAUGUGAAUGUCCUCCAGGAUACACUGGAUUGUCCUGCGAGACGAACAUCAACGAUUGUCAAUCCUCGCCGUGUCACCGCGGAAUAUGUAUCGAUGGGGAUAAUUCCUUCACGUGCCAGUGCCAUGCCGGGUACACAGGAUACUUGUGCCAAACGCAGAUCAACGAGUGCGAGUCCAAUCCUUGCCAGUACGGCGGACACUGCGAAGACCUGGUAGAUGGGUAUCGCUGUCGGUGCUCUCCGGGAACUUCAGGAAUAAAUUGCGAAGUGAAUGUGAAUGAGUGUCACAGUAAUCCCUGUCGCAAUGGAGCCACCUGCAUCGAUGGCAUUAAUCGCUACACAUGCCAAUGCGUCCCGGGAUUCACAGGACUUUACUGUGAGACUAACAUCAACGAAUGCGCCUCUGAGCCUUGUGCCAAUGGUGGCGUGUGCAUGGAUCUCGUGAAUGCCUUCCGAUGCGAAUGCCCGCGUGGCUACUACGAUGCCAGGUGUCUCAGCGAUGUGGACGAGUGUGCCUCGAAUCCUUGCCUGAAUGGUGGUCGGUGUGAGGAUGGAGUGAAUCAAUUCAUCUGCCACUGUCCUCCAGGAUAUGGUGGGAAGCGGUGUGACAUCAACAUAGAUGAAUGUGGGUCAAAUCCCUGCCAGCAUGGCGGGAUAUGUCGCGAUGGACUGAACUCGUAUUCCUGCCAGUGCAUGCCUGGAUAUACAGGAACCAAUUGCGAAGUGAACAUUGACGAUUGCGUUAACAAUCCUUGCCGCAAUGGAGGCUCAUGCAUUGACAUGGUGAACGGCUACAAAUGUGUCUGUCGCGUGGCUUAUACUGGACAAAAUUGCGAGCUGAAGAUGGAUCCGUGCCAGCCCAAUCACUGCCAUAAUGGCGCCAAAUGCACUCCCAGUUCCAAUUACCUAGACUUCUCCUGCUCCUGCACAAUAGGCUACACAGGACGUCUCUGCAAUGAGGACAUCAACGAGUGUGCUCUGUCCUCGCCAUGUCGCAACGGUGCGACGUGUCGCAAUGUACCAGGUUCCUAUCAAUGCCUCUGCGCCAAGGGUUACGAGGGACGCGAUUGUACAGUCAACACCGAUGAUUGUGCCUCGUUUCCCUGUCAGAACGGCGCACAGUGUUUAGACGGGAUUGGGGACUACACGUGUCUGUGCCUGAAUGGCUUUGAGGGAAAGCAUUGCGAGGUGGACAUCAACGAAUGCCUGUCUGGUCCGUGUCAGAAUGGCGCCACGUGCACACAGUACGUAAAUUCCUACACUUGCACUUGUCCUCUGGGAUUCUCAGGAAUGAACUGCCAGACCAACGAUGAGGACUGCACGGAGAGUUCGUGUAUGAACGGUGGGACGUGCAAUGAUGGAAUUAAUACGUACACGUGUUCCUGCUUGCCUGGAUUCACGGGUGCAAAUUGCCAGUACAAGAUUAACAAGUGUGAUUCGCAGCCGUGCAAAAAUGGAGCCACGUGUCAUGAUGAUCAGGGAAAUGACUACUCCUGCCACUGUUCGUAUGGCUACACCAGCAAGCAAUGCACGGAUUACGUGGACUGGUGCUCGCAGAAUCCCUGUGAGAAUGACGCCAAGUGUGUUCAGCGCGAGAACGUCUUCCAAUGCCUCUGUGCCACGGGAUGGACGGGAAAACUGUGCGAUGUGGAAAUGGUGUCCUGCAGUGAUGCUGCCAUUAGGAAGGGCGUGAAGGCGAAGAGUCUAUGCAACAAUGGGACUUGUGAGGACAUCGGGAAUUCCCAUCGUUGUCACUGCCACACUGGCUAUACAGGCAGUUAUUGCCAGAAGGAGAUCAACGAGUGCGAAUCUGCCCCAUGUCAGAAUGGAGGAAUUUGCAAGGAUCUUGUGGGAGCGUAUCAGUGCAUCUGCCCGAAAGGCUUCCAAGGACAGAACUGUGAACUCAACAUCGACGACUGCAAGCCGAAUCCGUGCCAGAAUGGUGGCACUUGCCAUGAUCUCGUGAACAAUUUCAGCUGCUCUUGUCCACCGGGAACUCUAGGCAUCAUCUGUGAGAUCAACCAUGAUGAUUGUGAACCCGGAGCAUGCCACAACAAUGGCACGUGCGUUGACAAAGUGGGAGGAUUUGAGUGUCGUUGUCCUCCUGGAUUUGUGGGCACGCGAUGCGAAGGGGACAUUAAUGAGUGCCUAUCGAAUCCAUGCUCCAAUCCUGGUACUUUGGACUGUGUUCAGCUCAUCAAUAACUACCACUGUAACUGCAAACCGGGUCACAUGGGACGCCACUGUGAGAUCAAGGUGGAUUUCUGUGCACAAUCGCCUUGCCAGAACGGAGGAGUUUGCUCAACUCGCCAGAAUGGACAUCACUGUGUCUGCUUGGAUGGCUUCUAUGGGAAGAACUGCGAAUUCUCCGGUCAUGACUGUGACUCUAAUCCCUGCCUCAAUGGCAUUUGCGUGAUUGCCGACAGCGGUGGUUAUCGGUGCGAGUGUCCUCUGGGCACGGCUGGUGUGAAUUGUGAGAUUGAUACUCUAGAUGAGUGUCAGUCCAGUCCAUGCAAGAAUGGAGCGAGAUGUGAGAACAAAUUGGGAGACUUCGAGUGCCUCUGCCCACCAAAGUAUCCUGGGAAGAUGUGUGAAAUGUACGAUCCCACUUACCGUGGCUGGUACAAUUCCAAUGCCAUUGGAUCAUUCGCCACGGACCUGAAAUACCAGCAAGAGCAGUGCAUCAAGCGCGGAUGUCGUGAGAAGAAGGGAAACUUCAUCUGUGAUGAAGAGUGCAACACUUACGCCUGCAACUUCGACGGCAAUGACUGCUCUCUGGGCAUCAAUCCCUGGCGAAACUGUACAGCGAAGAUCAGCUGUUGGCAGGUGUUUAUGGAUGGGAAGUGCGAUGAGGAGUGCAACAAUCCUCAAUGUCUCUUCGAUGGUCACGACUGUGAGAAGAAACUGUCUCAGUGCAAUCCCAUUUACGAUGGCUACUGCAGCAAACACUACGCCGAUGGAUACUGUGACUACGGAUGCAACAAUCCGGAAUGCAACUGGGAUGGACUGGAUUGUAUCAAUGGGCCGCCGGAUUUGGCGCAAGGAGUAAUCUCAGUGAUACUGCUGAUGGACAUGGACACGUUCCAGGAGAAGAAGGUGGCCUUCCUGCGAGACAUGGGCCAUCAGUUGAGGACAACAGUGCGGAUUCGCAAGGACAAGAGUGGGAAUGAGCAGGUGUACCGCUGGAUUGGCAUGUCACCAAAUGGAAUGCUGCAGAACACACCCGUAGGCCGAGUACACAACGUUGUAUAUUCCGAAGGCAUUGGCGAUUCAGGAGUGCAAGUGUUUCUCGAGAUAGACAACAGGAAAUGCGUGAAGACAGACGACGGGGAGUGCUUUACAACCGCAAAUGAAGCAGCAGAGUUCCUCGCUGCCACUGCAUCAAAGAGAAUUGUUCCGCAAAAUUUCCCAAUUUACCAAGUGCGAGGCAUCAUUGAACCAGAUGGUCCCUUCAGUCCCACCAAUUCCGAGAGCAACAAGUAUGUGAUCCUAGGUGCAAUCGCUGUGAUUGUUGUGGGAUGCUUGUUUGGAGUGUUGAUCACGACCAAGAGGAAGCGCGCCAAUGGAAUAACGUGGUUCCCUGAAGGAUUCUUCAGUGCCAGCACUGGGCCGAGGAGGCAGUCGCGAAGACGCGGUCCAGAUGGCCAGGAGAUGCGCAAUCUGAACAAGAACAGCUCCAUUCCGUGCAUUGACAUGGACAUGAAUAGUGCCCACAUGGGACAUUCGCAGCAGUGGUCAGACGAUGAGUCAGAUAUGCCCCAACCGAAGAGGUUGCGGCCCUGCGAACAGGGCUAUUCGUCUGAUCACACAGUUGUAACUGACUACGAGGAGACAGAGCCGCGAGUGUGGUCUCAGCAGCAUCUGGAGGCAGCUGACAUCCGCAUCCCACCGUCGAUGAUGACUCCGCCGGCUCACCACGACGGGAAGAACGAUGUGGAUGUGAGGGGCCCGUGUGGAAUGACACCGCUCAUGGUGGCCGCCAUUCGUGGAGGUGGAGUGGAUACAGGAGAGGAUGCCGAUAGCUAUGAUGACUCGACGGCACAGAUGAUCUCGGACUUGUUGGCGCAAGGGGCGGAGAUUAAUGCGACAAUGGAGAAGACCGGAGAAACGGCUCUUCAUCUGGCAGCACGCUACGCUCGAGCGGAUGCUGCCAAGAGACUCCUGGAUGCCGCAUCAGCGGAUGCCAAUUGUCAGGACAACACCGGCAGGACGCCGCUGCACGCUGCAGUUGCUGCUGAUGCGAGAGGUGUGUUCCAGAUUCUGCUCCGCAAUCGGGUGACGAAUCUCAAUGCCAGGAUGCACGACGGCACAACUCCGCUGAUCCUGGCGGCCAGAUUGGCCAUUGAGGGUAUGGUGGAUGAUUUGAUAAAUGCCGACGCAGACAUCAAUGCGGCGGACAAUUCGGGCAAGACGGCUCUUCAUUGGGCAGCCGCCGUGAACAACGUAGAAGCGGUGUAUGUCCUGUUGCAGGCAAAUGCCAACAGGGACGCUCAGGAUGACAAGGAGGAGACGCCGCUGUUCCUGGCGGCUCGGGAGGGCUCCUUUGAGGCGGCCAAGGCACUGCUGGACCACAUUGCCAGCAAGGAGAUCCCAGAUCACAUGGAGCGCCUGCCGCGAGAUGUGGCCAACGAGCGCAAGCACAAGGACAUUGUGCGCCUCCUGGACGAGUAUGUGCCGAGGAGUCCACAGCAUCAGAUGGUGACGGUGGUCAACAAUGUGAUGAUCGGAUCACCGAAUCACACGCAAUUGAUCUCGCAUCCAACGAUCAUCACCACAGGGAGGCCGGGCAAAGCGAAGAAGCGCCAGAAGCCGCUCGCCAAUCCGGCCAGUCCGGAUGUGGUGGAGAGCAACGGCGGAGCGUCGGUGCGCCGGAAGAACAGCGUGAAGAAGGGUGCGUCCGCUAAGAAGGGGCAGGCCAUCAAUGACAUCCAGCUGUCGGACGGAGGACUGAGCUCGGUUGAGUCACCGCUCACCAACAUUCCCAGUCCCUACGACACGGCCAGCCUCUACUCCAACACACUCACGGUGCCGCAAUCCAAGGAGAUUCUGGGAACGACAAAGCAGCCGCCCAGCUAUGAGGAUUGCAUAAAGAGUGCAAGAUCGAUGCAGUCGCUGCCGAACAUCAAUUUCGAGAACUACGGAUACUCUCUGGGAUCUCCCUUCCCCGAGAUGAUUACGUCCCAGAGAGGUGGUAUCCAGAUUGGAGAUCAGGGACUCAGUCCGCCGUACUCCAAUCACUCUCCACCGCAUUCUGUACAAAGUAACUUAGCGCUCUCCCCGCAAGGCUACGUGGGUUCUCCGUCUCCUGCUAAGUCUCGACCGAGUCUGCCGACGUCACCCACACACAUUGCGGCGAUGCGACACGCCACCCAUCAAAAGCACGGAAGUAAUCAGCCAGGAGGCAGUGGAAUGGUGGCCAACGGGCAGAUUCUCAGUGCGUCACUGUCCCAGAGUCUAGCCAAUCCCAUAAUGCCCAUUCAGCUGGGCAAUUUCGAGUUCAAUGCGACAGGAUUGGAGAUGGCGGGAUUCUGCAGUCCUCCAGCACAAGGAACAUCGGCGUCGUCCCAGGGAUCGUCCCCGAUGAGCAAUAGUCAGUCCGUUCAGUCGCCAGGCACGUCCUCGAGCGUCAAUAUGGGCAGUCUGGCGGGCAGUGUGGGCUCCAGCAGUGGACAGCCGCAGCCUCCGCCCCAGCCACAGCCCCACCAGGCGCCGCAGCAAUCGUGCUCGUCCUUCCAUCAGUACUUCACGCCGCCCAGUCAGCACUCCGGAGGCGGGACGCCGCAGCAUCUCGUGCACACGCUCGACAGCUACCCGACACCGUCGCCCGAGUCGCCGGGAGACUGGUCCAGCUCCUCGCCACACUCCAACUCAGACUGGUCGGAGGGCGUCCAGUCGCCGGCCAACAACGUGUACGUGACGGGCGGCCAUCAGGCCAACAAGGGCUCCGAGGCGAUCUACAUCUGAACGCCGGGCCGCUUAAAGACAAGAUAAUCUCUAUUUUAGUUUUCGCGCAACGUGUAAGUUGUUUAUCUAAUUAUUAUAAAUAUUAGCAUUUGAUAUGAUAGUUUGUCGACUAUUUCUAAAGCAUAAGAACUGAGCAUUUGCAACAAAUCGCUAUUGAGAAUCGUUGUAAUUUCAUCAAUUUUAUCAGUAGAGUUUUAAACAUUUAAGAUUUUACACACAAAAUCGCCAAUUGUGAAACGAAUUUGGCUCUUGUGAUUUUUUCAAGGGCUCUCACAAGACAAUACAAAUAAAAGGUAAUUCUUCCGGGUGACAAUCAAUUUUGUGGACAGAGUUGAAAGAGAGGAAAAAUGCAUUUACUUAUUCAAAAGAAAAACAUACAGGAUCACAUCGAGAAAGCCUCUAAGGAAAGGUAAUUUUAUAGUAAUAACUAGACUGAUUAAAAAAUUAUAAUAUAAACUUUUUAUAAAGACAAGACAUUCAAGACAAUUUUUAUUACAUUUAUGUACAUAUUUAAAAAUUUGUUAGGAGACAGAUUUGUUGUAAACACAAAAGCCUAGUGAGUAAGAAAACAAGUGAGAAGAAUGAGAAUCAUAAAAUAUUCGUAUAUUUUUUUUAUAAGAAAUUUUAUACUGUAGAUGUGAGAGACUAGAGUAAUUUUAUUCAUGUUUCCGAUUAUAAUAUCGACAUAAAAGACAUAAUUUAAAGUAAUUUAAUAAUUAUAUAGCAUAUUUUGAGUAACGUGCGUCAAUAAUUUUAUUUAAUUAAUUUUGAUAAAUGAAAGAAAAAUUCUCUAAUUAACUAUCAGUGUAAUUGUGUGCAAUUAUUCUACCUAUUUUCAUUCUUAUUUUUUUCGCCCCUUCAAAACAAAAUAUUCUGGCCAACGAACAAUAGAACAAUAGAAUUUCAUCGGCUCUCUUCAUUCUAUGAGACCGGUAAAAGAAGACAUGGAAGAAGCAAGUAAACAACACCGAAAUUCUCCAUAUAUAGUAGAUAAGCGAGGGUUUCAUUCUCAUUUUUUAUUUGGUUAAAAUAAAACGUAAAAUUUUACGUAGAUGCUGAUAAUUAUUGUACAAUACAAUUUAGAUAUUGUAAUAAAAAUAUUUUUAUUGAGUAAUAAUUAAAAUAUGUCUUUCACUAUACACGCACGCUUGAAUGUACCAAAACUUAAUCCGUGAACUGUGGUUUUCUUCGGGUUUGAGUCUGCGCUGACAGCAAAAGUGAAUUUGGAGGGAAAUACAUAUAUUUUAAUAAUAUUGUUAUCUGUGUAUUCUUUUAUGUACUAUUUACAACUCAUAUAUGUUUCAAUUUACUCAUAUUUUAAUAUUUUCCGUCA